GAGAGCCGCGCACUGAGGAGCAGAGUGCUCAAAAAGGAGACUCUCCCCGUAACCCUUGACAGAAGUGCUCUAUGUGCCACGCAGAUCGGACGUAUUUGACUCGCCACAGAUUGGUUUCGGUUCGGUACGGUUCCGUUUUAAGUGAGAAAGAACUGGGUGAUUGGAAGUUUAUACCCAAUUUGAAUAUAUUCCAAGUGAUUUUUGUGAUACCAUCUGGUUUUUGAACAAUGCCACGCAAGAAGCGCGCCUCCAGCCCCAUGGAUAUGUUUGAUGACGACUUCGACGAGGAUGCCAGUUCGCAAAGCUCACAGCCGCCGGUGCAGCGAAAUGCGGCCAAUGCCCGGGAGCGAAUGCGUAUGCGGGUGCUAUCCAGCGCCUACGGGCGAUUGAAGACCAAGCUGCCCAACAUUCCGCCGGACACGAAGCUCUCCAAGCUGGACACGUUACGUUUGGCCACGCUCUACAUCAAGCAGCUAAUUACGGCCGUGGAGACAGGCAGCCACUCGCAGAACCACCCGCACCACCCGCACCACCACAGCAGCAGCCAGCAGCACCUCAACCACAGCCACUCGAGCACCACCAGUUCCGAUGGCCUGGACACAAGUCACAUGGCAGACUCGUCCGGCGGAGGCAAUUACCAUUUCCACAACAACGGACACGGCAUGAGCUGGCCCUUUGAGUUCCACCAGAGCAGUCGGAGUUUGGCAUUUGCCCCAUCACCUGCAGCCACCUCCUCCGCGCGCAUGGAUUGGCAAGCCCUGCAUCCGCAUCCGCAAUCCUAUCCAAAGUCGUCCACACGAAGCGAAAGCCAUGUGGCAGCGGAUCUCAGUUACCAUCAGUUGCCGGAGUCGCACAGUCACUGGUAUCCGGCGGAAGUGCAUCAAAUGGAGCCAGCGGCCAGCUGCUCCUAUGACUCUGGCAUGGGGCAACAUCAGCGGGGCAUUGCUAUAGCCACUAGCCACGCCCAUGGCAUUUAAGCGGAUAUUAUGAAUAUUGUUCUCACCCAAGCCAAAUGUAAUUACCAUCUAGUAAGUGUAUUAAAUCGUGAUUUACUUUUA